AGCCGUUUUGAGCCAAGAUCGCAGGCUUUCGGUGAAGCCACGCUGCGCCCUCCGAGCGCGGGCCGCCCGAGCAGCCAUGGGCAAGGCUGGGGCCAAGAAGAAGCUCCCUAACGCCCCGCUCGGCGAGAAGAAGAAGAAGGCCGCCAAGAACCCGCUGUUCGAGAAGGCCCCUCGCAACUUCCGCCUCGGGGGCGACAUCCAGCCGAAGAGGAACCUCAACCGCUUCGUGCGGUGGCCCAAGUUCGUGCGCCUGCAGCGGAUGAAGCGGGUGAUGCUGAUGCGCCUUAAGGUGCCCCCCGCGAUCAACCAGUUCAACAUGUCCAUCGACAAGAACCAGGCGGCGCAGCUCUUCAAACUGAUGAAGAAGUACAUGCCAGAGACGGCCGCGGAGAAGAAGGCCCGCCUGAUGGAGAUGGCGCAGCAGAAGAAGGACGGCCAGGAGGUGAAGACCAAGAAGCCGCAGGUCAUCAAAUACGGCCUGAACCACGUGACCACCCUGGUGGAGAGCAAGGCGGCCAAGCUGGUGGCCAUCGCCCAUGACGUCGACCCCAUCCGAGCUCAUCGUCUGGCUCCCGGCUCUCUGCCGCAAGAAGGACGUGCCCUACUGCAUCGUCAAGGGCAAGGCCCGCCUGGGCCAGCUUGUGCACAAAAAGUCCGCCGCGUGCGUGGCGCUGACGUCCGUGAACAACGAAGACAAGAAGGAACUCGAGACCCUGGCCAGCAAUUUCAAGGGUCAGUUCAACGACAACACCGAGGUCCGCCGGCGGUGGGGCGGAGGCAUCAUGGGCAUCAAGUCGCAGCACGUCAUGCAGCGCCGCGAAAAGGCCAUCCAGAUGGAGCAGGCCAAGAAGCUCGGGCUGCAGAUCGCCUGAGUCGCCUCGCGCCCGCGCGGGGCUCCUCCGCGGCCCGGCCCCCCCGGAGGCCUCGGCAGCGCCCCGCCCGUCCCAAAAGCAGUGCCCGCCCCCGGGGAUUCCCACGGGCAACAUGAGGGUUCCCCGAACCUUACGUCUCACCGAUUCUGAGGGGAGAUCCACGCA